CUGCUGGAGUUCCUCCUAAGCCCCCAGGCUCUGACCUUGGCUGCAGACACUCAACUUUUGGGCACUCCUGACUUCUCUGCUCUUCUGCCUUCUAGCCCCAGCCUCCAGUCUUCCCCCAGCCGACCUCUAUCACUUUCACCAGCAGGUUCUCACCAGUAGCGUCCUCACCAGCAGCGUGGAGCAGCUUAAAGCUUCAGGCCCCAGCAUACUGACUUCACUUGAAUAGCAGCGUCUGUUGAGCGACGAUGGCCGCACCGCCCGAGAUGAGGAUUCCACCUUUCAUCAUUCGAAUCAGGAUGGCUAAAGGUGACCCCAAGAAGCCAAAGGGCAAGAUGUCGGCGUAUGCCUUCUUCGUGCAGACAUGCCGAGAGGAGCAUAAGAAGAAAAACCCAGAAGUCCCUGUGAAUUUUGCGGAAUUUUCCAAGAAGUGCUCUGAGAGGUGGAAGACAAUGUCUGGGAAGGAGAAAUCCAAAUUCGAUGAGAUGGCCAAGGCAGAUAAAGUGCGCUAUGAUCGGGAAAUGAAGGAUUAUGGGCCAGCCAAGGGAGGCAAGAAGAAAAAGGACCCGAAUGCCCCUAAGAGACCACCAUCUGGAUUCUUCCUCUUCUGCUCGGAAUUUCGCCCCAAGAUCAAAUCCACCAACCCUGGGAUCUCCAUUGGAGACGUGGCCAAGAAGCUGGGCGAGAUGUGGAACAACCUGAGUGAUGGUGAGAAGCAGCCGUACAUCACCAAGGCGGCAAAGCUGAAGGAGAAGUACGAGAAGGAUGUUGCCGAUUAUAAAUCUAAAGGGAAGUUUGAUGGUGCAAAGGUGCCUGCCAAGGUUGCCCGGAAAAAGGUGGAAGAGGAAGAUGAAGAGGAGGAGGAGGAAGAUGAGGAGGAGGAGGAGGAGGAGGAAGAUGAAUAAAAACAAACUGUGUUGUUCUGUCUCCUUGUGAAUACCUUAGAGUAGGGGAGCGUCGCGACCGGCGCCUCUCCUGUCUGAGAGGUGGUCUGUUGCCCUCAUUAGGUUUAAUUACAGCAAAUCGAUACGAUCACUGUAGUUUUCUUGAAGUGCUCUCGAAGUUGUCAGUGGUUUCCCUGACGUGCCAUGGGUGUGUGAAGCACCCUGAAACUGUAUCAAAGCUGUACAUAUUUCCAAACAUUUUUAAAAAGGAAAAGGCACUCUUGUGUUCUUACUCUGUGCACUUUGCUGUUGGCGUAACAAAGGCAUUUCAAGAUGUUUCUGGCAUUCUCAUUUAAUGUGUAAGGUCGUGUUAGCGCUCUGGUUGCGGCCUAGAGCUCCUGAGUUCCCAACUGUACAUAUAGUUUGUAAAGAGAUCAGAACAACGGUGACAAACUUCCGAUGCUCCUUGCGUGGCGCUGAGGCAGCGGGGCAGGGGCCGAAGCUCAGGGCGUGCACUGCGAGGCUGGACCCGCUGACACUGCAGUGGGCAUCCAUUUCCCUUCUGGUUGUCUUGUUUUUGUAUAUAGUGACAUGGCAUUCUGCUGCCAUUCGUAGCUGUGGACAUAAAGGUGGGUCAGCUGGCAUGAGAAGGGUUGGGUUUUUGUUUGUUUGUUCACUUAAGUGCGGUAGUUUUCCAACUGUUUGUUUUUUAAAACAAACUCUAGAACUCUUCAGUGUGAGCAAGGUGAAGAGCCGCUGCCAGCAAUGGCAGUUCAAGGACCUUCUGUACUUAAACGCAUUUUUCAAUGUUCUGUUAUUUUUUUGUAUGUUUAGAAUGCGCAAAUGGUUUUGAAGUUAAAUAAACAGUAUUACGUUUUUAAAA